AUGCACGGAAACUUCUUCACGAAAUUAGCCAAGUAUCAAUUUAGCACACCACGCUCGUACAAAGCGGCCGCCUAUAAAGACAACGAGGAGAAUUUCCGCCAUAAAGAUCAUUUUCAACGUGUCUUUUAUGGCGCAUCUGGAGAGCGCUUUCUUGACCCUGAGGAUGGUCGAGUCAAGGAGCUGGUAGUGCAGUGCACUGAUGAUGUCUAUCGUGCGUUGAAGGACGCCAAGUACAAGAGAACCUCCAUCCGGAAUGUUUCGCCUAUCACGCUGAGGAUUACCAACUGGGCUAUGAACAGUUUCGAUGAUCCAAGAGCCAGAGGCCAUUUUCGCACCGUGGACUAUCUUCAAGUAGCCUUGAAAUGGCCUGUCUCGUGUCUUUUACUUGUUUAUGUGGUAAAUACCGGCGAGAUAGUAAACGACGGCCGUUACGACCCCUUUCCCUUUCGCUAUUGGGGAUAUUGUAAGAUUGUUCGCAACUCUGUCGAAAGAAACCCGGCGAUCAAGAUUCCUGGUCAACCUCUCUCUGCGGAAAGCACGACUCCGUUUCCGACUAUGGCUCGGCUGCUUGAGCCUCGCGCUCUCCUUUUUGACGUGGAUCUACCACUAGCAAAGCUUCUGGAGCCCCACGAAUGGAAAGAUCGGUCUUCUCUACAGAAGAAGUAUCAGGAAGGCCUGGAGAGCGUGGGUGCUGAUCGACACUGCCCGAAGUAUGUGGUUGUUGCGUACAUUAACACCCAGUUCUCACAAAAAAGUAAGAAAGACAUGGCUGCACUCAACGAAAUCGGUCUCAUGGCUGCGCGGGAAGCUGGUGUCGAUGCGUACUGGACAAGCGCGUCUUGUAUGCCAAAAACGGACCUGACAAAUGAUGUUUAUCGCAUUAGCGAUGUAGUCCGCGGAGCCGAUUCGGUAGUCAUUGCUGUCGGAUCUAGAGAAGGUCAGGAUCUUCCACAAGAUGAGGAUGAAAGGCUUCAAACUCUCUUACAGGAAUGGGGUGGUCGCGUAUGGACAUUCCCGGAGGUUCUGCUUUCCCAAAAUCAGGAUAUCGCAGUUUAUGAGCGAGGCAACUGUCCCGAAGAUGACGAGGGUAAAAUGCGCUCUACCAAAAUCAUACCAAAGAAUCAUUUUGCUAGAUAUGCCUGGGGAGAUUCUCACGAAAGCAGGCAACUGAUUGAUCACUUCACAGGAAGUCUCAGUCUCAGCCGGCUACAGCUAACAAGCGCUGCCUUGAACUGUCUUUUUUCGAGAGAGAUAGCAGACUGGUUCGAUGGCGAUCGGUCCUACGCGCUUAUGGGCCUGCUUCUGAAACGGCCCUCUGUCGAUGAAACCGAUACAGAAUUCCAAGCUUUUGCCCGCUUGUCCCUUGCCAACGAUAGCGACAAGCUCCUUGAACGGUUGAUGUGUGUUCUUCCUCAAACUCCUACCCAGCCGUGGCAUUGUACCUCUGAUAAGUAUGGCGUCAAUCUGUGGGAUAUUGAGCCUACCUGUCAGAUAGCCGGAAUCUGCGACAAUGACGCUAUUCUGGUCGAUGGAGCAUUCGGAGCGACAAUACACUGGGAUAAAUUUCGGAAGGUCAACGCCCGGCGAAGAAUGUCUUUUAAGCGAAUAGCGACACAGAUCUUGUUCCACGGAGCUCCGUUCUUUUUCGCCUUAGGCUGGAUCAUUUGCGGAUGGACUUUUAAACUCAUUCAUAUUCUAGACACGGUUUACCCCGACUUACCACAGAAAUUGAAGGACAAGGCAUGGUCCAUCCGAGCGUGGAUGUACUUCGCGGCAGCAGUUGGCUACCUAUUGAUCCUUGUUCCAUUCUUGACAUUUAUCUGCUCACCAUAUCUGACUCGUUUACUAUACGGGGGAAAAUUCUGUGAGUCAAUCAGUCCCGUUAACACGACAUGGCUCUUCGGAUUCGAAGGAUUUGCUGAUCUCGAAACUAUCGAAUCCCACAUAUUCGGUGGCAAACUAGGGCGUCUGCGAUGGAGUGCCUACGGUUCCUCACUUUCCUACCACGAUAAGCCAGAAGCAUCCGAUGACUGCGAGCCUGGUGACCCGAGAUUGAACCCGGAGACUAAAAAGAAAGUGGAGCGAGCCAUACACAAUAAAAACCCUGAUGCAAUGCGUAUCUUCACACUAGUCGAUACGAAUACGAUGACAGUUACGCUAUUCGAAGCGGUCAAGCCACCAACCGUACUUCUGUUGUGCGCAGGAGAAGGGGGUAUGCAAAGGGCCAUUGCUUGUUCGUAUGAAUGGACGACUGGAACCUGCUAUCGGGAAACUGUUCUUCGAAUGGAGACACCUGUGCUGGAGAAGAUGUCUCGGGUUCCUAGAGUUAAGCUGGGUCUUCGAAACACGCCUAAAAAGAAGCCCAGUAAGGGAAACUGA